CACGCAAAAUGCGAGCACACAAAGUUUGGUGACAUUUAGUAACUAGCACACUUUCAUGGACACUCAUUAUCCAAACGUUCCUAAAGAGAAGUAGGCUACUAUCGCUUCUUCAGAAGCAACUUCGUUCAUAAGGAACCCGGCUUUCGGAAGGACUUCUAUUCUUUGUCGUCGUAUUUUUGUUUUGGACUCCGUGUUUUUAAAGUGGAAUACAUUAUUUCGUUAACUUUUUAUUAUUCAGUUUACUUUGCUUUUCCAUUGCUUUGGGAUAUAACAAGAAAACCGUUUUUGGAAAACUUUUGGGAUGUAUGUUUAAAUGCUGUGAUUUUACUUUGCGGUUGCAAACAAACAUUUCGAAUAGUUUCUCUUUUUUGUGAAAUGCCUACACUGUUGCUUUUCUAACCGGUGCGCCAAAGCUUUUCUUGGAGCUGGAGCUGUUUAUAGCAUCACUAUCACGUAACGUUGCAUUUGGACGCACAUGUGUUUUUUAAAUCAUAGUCAGUAAGCGGCACUUGAACCCUGCGAUGCAUAAGUUCUGCCUCACCGUACUGCUCGUGCUGCGCGGACUCAUCAUCUGCAUCUGUUCCAGCGAUGAACCGCAGCACCCUGGACUGUACAAGCACACGACUGUGACCUCAACAGAUCCAUGUCUGCAGGUGAGCCCUCCUUGUAUAACAGAGGCUGACCGUUUCAGCCUGGAGGCUCUUCAGCACAUCCACAGAGAGAUGGAUGAUGAUCAGGAUGGAGGCAUUGAGGUGGAGGAGAGUGUUGAGUUCAUCAUUGAAGAUAUGCAGCAGCAGCAACAGGCAAACAAACACAGUAAACUCCAUCAUGAGGACCAGCAUAUCACUUUGGAGGAGCUUUGGAAGGGCUGGAAAUCUUCUGAGGUUCAUAACUGGACUCAGGAGGAUGUCUUGAGGUGGUUAAGAGAGUUUGUUGAGUUGCCUCAGUACGAAAAGAGCUUCAAAGAGCUGCAUGUCAAUGGGAACACCUUGCCCAGGAUUGCUUCCAAUGAGCCAUCAUUUAUGAGCACAUAUCUGAAGAUCCAGGACCAGCAACACAAACAAAAACUCAAGCUCAAAGCCCUGGAUGUAGUGCUGUUUGGCCCACCUACACGACCCCCACACAACUGGAUGAAAGACCUGGUUCUGAUAGUGUCUGUAGUAAUGGGGAUUGGUGGAUGCUGGUUUGCAAAAGUACAGAAUAAAGCAUCCAAGAUACAUAUUUCAAAGAUGAUGAAGGACCUGGAAAGCUUGCAAAGAGCUGAACAAAGCCACAGAGACUUACAGGAGCAGUUGGAAAAGGCCCAAGAAGAGAAGCGCACAGUGGCAGUAGAGAAGAAGAAUCUAGAGGAAAAGAUGAGAGAUGAGAUUCAGGGUGCUCAGGAAGAGGCCAACCGCCUGCACAAACUCCGAGAUGGAGCAGUGAGUGAACUCACCCGGCUUUGGUAUGCAGAAGAAGAGCUUGAACAGGUGCGUGAUGCAUUGAAGAGGGCCGAGAAAGACAUGCAGUACCUCUGGUCAGUCCCUGAAUCUUUGCAGCUGUGGCUACAGCUCACCCAUGAGGUAGAGGUCCAGUACUACAACGUCAAGAAGCAAAGUGCAGAACAACAACUAGCCACGGCUAAAGAUGAGGCUGAGAAGAUCAAGAAAAAAAGGAAUUCUGUGUUUGGUACGCUACAUGUCGCACAUAGCUCCUCAUUGGAUCAAGUGGAUCAGAGAAUUAUGGAGGCAAAGAAUGCAUUAGCAGAGGUGACUGCUUGUCUACGGGAGCGUUUGCACCGCUGGCAGCAGAUUGAGAGCUUGUGUGGUUUUCCUGUGAUGAAAAACGCGGGCCUGCCCAGUCUCACUGCUACACUCUACCCAGACCCCAACUGGAUGCUAAUGCCCCGGUCUGCAAUGCAAUCCUAUCAAGCGCCUGUUUCGGUGGAGGACAUGGAGGAAGAAAUACCCCAGAUUAUACCACAGAUUCCUGUCACAGUUGCACCUCUGAAAUGUUCUCCACGGUCUCUGGUUCGCUCUCGCCGAUCUGGGCAUAUUGUGCCAUCACCUGUCAUCGUAUCACCUGACCCAGACCUCCUUAUUCCCAUACGAACUCCACUACGCCGAUAUGGAGAUGAAGAAGAAGAGCAUAUCAAAUUCUCCCCUCUUGUGAAACAGGAGUCUAUGGAAACAUCUUCAGAUACAGAUUCUAUCGGGUCCUCCAUCAGCAGAAUGUACAGCACCCUUGAUGUCCCAUCUCGGAGAAAAUAUAUUUUCUCUGAUAAAAUGCCCCGAAAGAUCUCCCUGGAUGAACAAGACGACAGUCCCUCACGCAAAAUCUCGGAGGAGGAGAUGGACGAGUCUUUGAUAGUGAACAACACCUCAAGGAAAGUUUCACGAGAUGAACUGGACAUUAAUACUCCAUCAAGAAAGACAUCUAGAGAUGAACUAGAGGCCUCUGUGGACCCUCCUAAACAACUGAGUAGAGGAGAAACUGAGGCCAGCGUUGACUCAAGGAAAUUACCCAGGGAUCUACCUUUCGAUUCCACAAUGAGGUACUACUCUACAGAGAAGAUGUCUCCAGCAGCGAUCAGCAUGGAUAGUCAGAGACGACGAUCACUCAGAGACAGAAAAGAUCAUAUGGACAGCAUUUCUAGAGUGAUACCAAAAGCAGAACUUGAUAUAGAGACCACAAGUGGAACUAGAUAUGCAGAUGCCUUGAACACUUCCAUUAAACACAAAGAAAACCGGGAUUUUCCAACCAAUAUCCAGCGAGGAAGAGUGUUUAGGGAAAACUCCUUUGAUGCCACCUUUGAUAGUUCAGUGGAAAGCUCUAAAAAAUGUAAGAUGUUAGGCAAAACAGAUUCAACCAAAGACAUCCCUUCACGAAUGAUGGCACAAGAUGAAUUUGAUGUGCCCAAGGAUUUUGAAAGACUAAAAAUAAGAGAUAUUUCCAUGGAUUCAAGGAACACACUGAAAGAUGAGUUCGAGAGAAGCAAGUCCUUUAAAGAGAACAGGGAUAUCCGCAUGGAAAUUCCCUCAAAAAAAAUCUCUCGAGAUGAGCAAGAAGUCGCAAUGGAGACACAACGAAUACAACGCAAGAUAGACAGCUCUGUGGAAACUCCCAUUGGUAAAAUACAAAGAGAGAUGGUGGGUCUAUCUGUGGAGGCUCCAAGGCGCAAGAUAUCGCAGGAGGAGUUUCUGGUUACAAACCCAGGACAGUUUGGCCCACCUGACCUCACCGUUAGUUCCCUGAUGCACUGGAAACCAGCCUCAGACUCGCUCAGCACACUAGUGUAUGACGGCAUUCUAGAAAAGUCCUAUGAGAACCCUCUCAUGCCUAGUCCUGGGGAUCUCAGUCAUGCAGCUUCAGUGUCUUCCUCUUCCCAAAGCCUUUUAGGAAAUGAAGGUCAAUCUGCAAAUUCAUCUUCUUCAGAAUCUGGCGGUAAAGACAAGGGCAAGAAAUCUUCAAAGCUCAAGAAUAUAUUCAAAAAGAAAAAGGAAAAGGGAAAAGAUAAAGACUCAUAAAGGUCAACAAGAAGUAGGAAUUUAGACACUUUUAAAAGGCCAAAGUCUCUACUAAAACUGGCUUUGAAAACUGCCUUGUAAACUAUAACAUAUGCAAAGCUAAACAUGCUGAAUGGAGUGCCUUUGGAUUUUCUUGCAAAAGUUUUGAUGCCAAAAUUUGGCAUCAAACACCGACAAUUAUUUUCCAAAAUGUAGUUUACAGACUUUACUGACCUUUUGACCUUGACUUGCACAGAUUUUUAUGACCUAUAUAAGUAUUAUUGUGGUGUCUGUCUGAUUUUAUUGUACAACACUUGGGGCUACGUUUUUUUUUUCAGUAUGCAAUAUAAUAGAUUUGACUGGAGAAAUAUUCUUCUUGAAAUUACAUUUAUCCUAAUGUCAUUGCAGAUAUUUUGUGGGAUCCCGCCCUUUUCCAUUCUAUAUGAUUAUGUGAAAAUAUAAAAUAAAAAUCAAAUUUAUAUUAAAGGAAU